AUGAAAGGCGAUCCACUCGUCAUGGACGAGGAACUCGUAGCUGAAAUGGAAACAUUUCGAAGAUCUGCUUUUGGAGCCGUUGUGUUGUCUACUGUGACCGUUUUAGGAUGUAUUAUUCUAAUUCCAUUAGCUUAUCAGCGAAUCCAGCAUUUACAUACCAACUUAUUAGACGAUGUUCAUUUCUGUCAAAUGCGUAAUCGAGAUCUUUGGGCAAAUGUUUUCAAAGAUGACCAUUCGCGAAAUAAGCGUGAUGCCUCUGGACAUUCUGAGCUGCCAGAGGGAAAAUGGUUGUUUGGACAUUUCAUAACUUCCAAGCCAAAUCGCAAUCGUCGUCAAGAUGGGAAAUAUCCAGCACCAGAAACUGGUGGAAAUUCUUAUCCUGCCGAAGGAGGAGCCAGUAAUAGUUAUCCUGCCCCUGAAGCUGCUGCGGAGGCUUACCCAGCUCCCGCUCCCUCUAGCUAUCCCGCUCCCGAAGUUGCGGCCGAAGAGAAUAUGUGCUGUGGCUGUAGCGUAGGACCUUCUGGUCCUCCUGGAGAUGCUGGAUUAGAUGGAGAGGAUGGGAAAGAUGGGAAUCCUGGAAAUGAUGGAAAUCCUGGCCAAGAUGUUGGAUCAGGUGGAGCUGAUGGGUAUUCUGAAGCGGUUUCCACUCCUGUUUGUGUUCGUGAAUGCCCUUCCGGACCACCCGGACCACCUGGUAGUCCUGGAGAAAAAGGUCCUCGCGGUUAUCCAGGAGAUACUGGUGAGCCUGGUUCUCAAGGAAAAGCUGGGGAGAAAGGUCCCCCUGGAAGAACAGGACCCCCAGGACCUCCAGGUUAUCCCGGACGUCAAGGAGAGAAAGGAGAUGAUGGAAAAAGUAUUCCGGGUGAUGCUCCUCCAGGUCCUCCAGGACGACCUGGCGAAAUGGGACCAGCUGGCCCUCCUGGACCACCUGGAGAAAAAGGAAAAGCAGGAGCUCCAGGACCCCCAGGACAACAGGGUGACCAAGGAAACCCCGGCCCCUAUGGUAAACCAGGACCUCCAGGUAGUGAAGGACCAGAAGGUUCAGCUGGAGCUAAAGGAGGAUGUGAUCAUUGUCCACCUCCAAGGACCCCUCCCGGUUAUUAA